UCUGCUCUCCGCCCAUCGCCUCGCUCGGGAACUGCAGCGCGCUCCUUCCCAGCCUCCCGAAGGCUCCUCCCGCCCGGUGACUCCGCUGCCGCCGCCGCCGCUGCUUUCACUUUUCCCAGGUGCAAAAGUUUUUAAGUCGGACGAGACGGCGGCAGCGCGGUGCGGUAGAGAGCGAGCCGCUGGCGGCAUGGCGGGGGAGAGGUUCGUCCGCUUCUUCCGAAAUAGCCUGGUCCGGAGGACGUCUAGGAGAGGUGACUCCCAGGAUGUAAAUCCUACAGAAAGCAAAUCUGGUGCUGAUGUAAGGCUGAAACAAAGAAGCAGUUUUUCUCAUUCAGCUGGACACCCAUUUUUUGAAUAUCUGGUUGUGGUCUCACUUAAAAGGGACACAAAGGGAAAUUAUGAGCCCAAGAUUACCUAUCAAUUUCCAAAGCGUGAGAAUCUACUGAGAGGGCAGCGUGAAGAAGAGGAAAGGUUGCUUCAGGCCAUUCCCUUGUUCUGCUUCCCAAAUGGUAAUGAAUGGGCACCACUCAUGGAGUAUAAGAGUGAAACUUUUUCUUUUGUCCUUACCAAUAUUGAUGGGAGUAGAAAAAUCGGCUACUGCAGGAGACUGUUGCCUUCUGGACGAGAAGCUCGUCUCCCUGAAGUUUAUUGCAUUGUAAGCUGUCUUGGUUGCUUUGGACUAUUUUCAAAGAUUUUGGAUGAAGUAGAGAAGAGGCGACAGAUCUCUGCAGCAGUUGUCUACCCCUUCAUGCAGGGCCUACGUGAAUCUCCCUUCCCAGCACCAGGAAGAACUGUUACCAUUAAAAGCUUCAUUCCUGAAUCUGGGACAGAGGUUGGAGAUGAGGAGGAGAUUUUGCCACCCAAGUUGAGAAGUGAAAUGUUGCAGUCUUUGCCAACAAUGAACAACAACAUUCAGACAUCUGAAGAAUUCAAUACACAUGUUUCGGACACCUUUAUAAAAUUCUUUGUGAGGAUGAUUGGUCAUUAUCCAGCAUAUAUCAAAUGGAGCAGAAAUGGCACAGGCAGCUUUCAAGAACAAUCAUUUUGCAAGGCUAUCACCUCCAAGACCAACCGCAGAUUUGUGAAAAAAUUUGUUAAGACUCAAAUGUUCUCAUUAUUUAUUCAAGAAGCAGAAAAAAGCAAGAAGUGCAUAGAAG